AUGGCGCCACUUCAGGCCCUGUGGUUGGCCUGGGCGCUGCUAGGAGUGGCCAGAGCGUGUCCGGAGCCGUGCGUCUGCGUGGACAAGUACGCUCACCAGUUCGCCGACUGCGCCUACAAGGAGUUGCGCGAGGUGCCCGAAGGACUGCCGGCCAAUGUGACCACGCUUAGUCUGUCGGCCAACAAGAUCACCGUGCUACGGCGCGGGGCCUUCACAGACGUCACUCAGGUCACAUCACUUUGGCUGGCGCACAGUGAAGUGCGCACCGUGGAGUCAGGUGCACUGGCCGUGCUGAGCCAGCUUAAGAACCUCGACCUGAGCCACAACCUCAUAUCCAGCUUCCCGUGGAGCGACCUGCGUAACCUGAGCGCGCUGCAGCUGCUCAAAAUGAACCACAACCGCCUGGGCUCACUGCCCCGGGACGCCCUCGGCGCGCUGGCCGACUUGCGCUCCCUGCGCAUCAACAACAACCGGCUUCGUACUCUGGAGCCCGGCACCUUCGACGCGCUAAGCGCGCUGUCACACUUGCAACUCUAUCACAAUCCCUUCCACUGCGGAUGUGGCCUUGUGUGGCUGCAGGCCUGGGCCGCGAGCACCCGGGUCUCCCUACCGGAGCCGGACUCCAUUGCGUGCGCCUCGCCUCCCGCACUGCAGGGGGUGCUGGUGCUCCGCUUGCCCGCCCUGCCCUGCGCACCGCCCAGCGUGCGUCUGAGCGCCGAGCCGCAGCCCGAGACGCCCGGCACCCCCCUGCGCGCGGGCCUGGCCUUCGCGUUGCACUGCUUAGCCGACGGCCAUCCCACUCCUCGCUUGCAAUGGCAACUUCAGAUUCCGGGUGGCACCGUAGUCUUACAGCCGCCGGUCCCGAGCGGGGAGGACGAUGGAGACAGGGCGGAGGAUGGGGAGGGGAAAGGAGAUGGGGACGUGAUGACGCAGACCGAAGCGCCAACCCCGACUCCCGCACCCGUUUGGCCGGCGCCCCCAGCCACCCCACGCUUCCUGGCCCUCGCAAAUGGCUCCCUGUUGGUGCCCCUCUUAAGCGCCAAGGAGGCAGGCGUCUACACAUGCCGUGCACACAAUGAGCUGGGAGCCAACUCCACAUCAGUACGCGUAGCGGUGGCAGCAGCCGGACCCCCAAAGCAUGCGCCUGGUGCGGGGGGAGACCCCGAUGGGCAGGUCCCGACCUCUGAGCGCAAGUCCACAGCCAAGGGCCGGGGCAACAGCGUCCUGCCCUCCAAACCCGAGGGCAAAAUCAAAGGCCAAGGCCUGGCCAGGGUCAGCGUCCUCGGAGAGCCGGAGGCGGAGCCGCAGGAGGAGGCAGGUGAGGGAGAGGAGGCCGAAGACCAGAUCCCUGCGGACCCGGCGGAGAAGCAGCACUGUGGCCACGGGGACCCCUCUCAGUACGUGUCCAACCACGCGUUCAACCAGAGCACAGAGCUCAAGCCGCACGUCUUCGAGCUGGGUGUCAUCGCGCUGGACGUAGCGGAGCGCGAGGCACGGGUGCAGCUGACGCCGCUCGCGACACGCUGGGGCCCCGGGCCCGGCGGGGCUGGGGGACCGGGGCGACCUGGGCGCCGGCCCCUGCGCCUGCUGUAUCUGUGCCCCGCGGGGGGCGGGGCGGCAGUGCAGUGGUCCCGCGUGGAGGAGGGCGUCAACGCCUACUGGUUCCGGGGCCUGCGGCCGGGCACCAACUACUCCGUGUGCCUGGCGCUGGCGGGCGAGGCCUGUCACGUGCAAGUGGUGUUUGCCACCAAGAAGGAGCUGCCGUCGCUGCUGGUCAUCGUGGCGGUGAGCGUAUUCCUGCUGGUGCUGGCCACCGUGCCCCUGCUGGGUGCCGCCUGCUGUCACCUGCUGGCUAAGCACCCGGGCAAGCCCUACCGGCUCAUCCUGCGGCCUCAGGCCCCUGACCCCAUGGAGAAGCGCAUCGCCGCCGACUUUGACCCGCGUGCCUCGUACCUUGAGUCGGAGAAAAGCUACCCGGCAGGCGGCGAGGCGGGCGGCGAGGAGCCAGAGGAGACCCCCGGGGAGGGCCUUGACGAGGACGCGGAGCAGGGAGCCCCAAGUGGAGGGCUGCAGAGGGAGGAGAGCUUGGCAGCCUGCUCGCUGGUGGAGUCCCAGUCUAAGGCCAACCAGGAGGAGUUCGAGGCAGGCUCCGAGUACAGCGAUCGGCUGCCCCUGGGCGCAGAGGCGGUCAACAUCGCCCAGGAGAUUAACGGCAACUACAGGCAGACGGCAGGCUGACCCUCCUGCCCCCCCAGCCAGCCCAUUCCCAACCCCCCCAGGGCCUGAGAGCAGAAGCCUAGGCUGACAGGACUUAAGCCCCCCGCCCCGACUCACUCACUCUGCCCCCUCACCACUCCCCAACCUUGACUACUAGGGACUUCUAGCAGGGAGGAGGCCCGACUUUACCUCCCACCACCCACUGCUGUCAUUGUCCCUGCCGGCUGAAUCCUCCCCUCCAGCAGUGCCCCCGCCCCCUGCGGUGGGACGGAACCUGUGCCCUCCACUCCUAUCACGAUUGUCUGCGAAGCCCGCGUCGCAGCCUCCCCGCGGUGGGCUCUGGAGCCAGGGAAACGGGGGAAGACAUUGGGAACCUCUGGGCGGAGGGCCCAGGAACCGCCGGUGGAUGUCCCUGGAGUGGAGCGCUGGUGGGGUCUGGCCUCGACCCCUGCUCUGCCCUUUCAGGGCUGCAUGUCCCAGAAGCCGGCAACCCCUAGUUUUCAGUUCCAAAGCCCGCCUCCCGCAGGGAACCAAAUCCUUCUGUCCCCCCACCCCCGUCCGCUUCGGUCCAGCUGGAGCCGAGCCGGGUGCCUGGGGCUCCUUUCAGCUCCGCGCCCAGAUUUUCACAUUUUCGUUGUUUUCAAAGACAGCGACACUCCGAGUCUGGUGCUAACACCUCCUUCCCAGCCUGUGGGAAAACGGGGCGUGUGUCGGAGGGCCGGGAGGGCACCCAUUUUCUUCCUCGCUCCCCUAACUUAAAGCGCCGCGGGGCCGCGCGCCCCUUUUCUGCGGAGGGCUCCGCUUGGUCCCGGGCCAAUUUCGUUGUCAGCGUGCCAGGGUUUCCGGAGAUCGCCCGCUCGACAGCGCCGGCUCCCCGGCCCGGCCCCCAGCGGGAAAGCGCCGGGCGUAGGAGGCCAACUUGGGCCGGACUGCGUGUUCCGAGGGCUGCGCGGUUGGCACAAAGCCUGCGCGGGACUGUGCAGGGGAUCCGGACGGAGCGAAGCCCCUCGGUCCUCGCGUCUCCCCGCCCCCCCUUCCGCGAGACAGUGUUUGCUGGCGUGUAGUCCUAGACGAGCGUGCUGUGUAGGAGAAAAGUCUGUGUUCUGUAAAGUGUGACCGUGUAGUGUCGGGGA